AGAUGAUUAAGAAGCAAGAGGAGGGGAUGGAAGGCCGUGGCAGCACUGGGAUGGUGACUCAGGUCGUUGCCCGUGACCUUCCCUGUGACCUUCCCUGCUCUUUUUGGAGUGGUGCUUUUUGACUUCCUGCUCUUUGCUGCCUGUCUCCAUGCGGGCCCUGCGCUGACCCCGGGCUGCUGGGUUUGCGUUGGUGGGUUCAGUGUAAGAACCCCUUUGAAGCCCUUUGCUUUCCUGCAGCUCUCCAUUUUUGCCACUUAAGCAGCCGCCUGCAGGAAUGUCCUCCCCAUUUGGUGCCUCAGUUUCCUCAUCUCCAGGUGUGGAAGAAGGAGCCGACAGCAGUGCUUUCUGCGGGCAUCUGUCCCAGGGACGCACGUAUAAAGGACAGAGCAGCUCUGGAUUGAUGGCAUCCCUGCUUUUCCAGGUCAAUGCUGAUACGAGAACCAAUCCGUGGGGCUGGGAGGGGCAGUGGGGCGGCUCCCAGGCCCACAGAGGGGGGACCCUCCUGAGGAGCUGCACCCAGGCGGUCCCUGGGCAGGGAAGUUGGAAAACCACUCCACUCAAUGCCAGGGUCCUACCUCUCAGCCAGACGGGUCCAGCGUGGGAGUCUUUGCAGAGGAUGGCAUCUGGGCACCGGGAGGUGCUGAUGAGGUAGAAGAUAAUCCAUAUGAUGACUAUCAGCAUCAUGACAGUCAGCAGGAAAAAGACAUCGUAAUCAUGCACGGCAAUUCUCUCAAAAGCCCCACUGCUCACCAGCGUGCAAGCCAGCAGGGCUAAGUGCACGGCCAGCAGGAUGGAGAACAUGCGGCCGCCCUUCUUCCACACUUCCUUGGAGCCCGGAGCGGAGGGCUGGUGGGGCUGCGGGCUGAGGGACAUCGUCUGGCUGGAAGCCAGGCUGGCUUUGUCGUCCUUGGAUCCACAGCCCAUGCUGGAGUUGGGCCGUCUGAUCUCGCUGUCCUUCCGCACGGGCUCAUCAGACAUGGUUCGGCUGGGGGGGAGCGCUGCUGGGAGGAGAGACCGUGAGUGCGGGGUCACUUCAUUGUGAACAGCCCAGGGCUGGACCAACGUGAGACGUGGUAUGAGGAGGAGAGAAUGUCAGAGGAAUGCGCGAGUCUGAGACAGGAAGAGCAAGAGAGGGAUGAGCUUAUAUUCAAACUGUUUCUUCCCGGUUCCUCUUGCUUAAGAUGCUUUUGAAUGGGCAGAUAACAGGUCUGUUUAAUAAAGCAAUGCCUAAUUUGCCAUGCAGCGUAUAUACUGGUGUUUAUUGAUGUAAGAUACUGGAAAGACACCAGGAGAGCACUCCCAAGAUCAAAUAUCCUGGGGCAAACGUCCAAUGUGGUUUGACUUCUACAUGCCAACCACUAAACGUUCUGAGAAAAAACGUCACACUGGCUUAGGAGAAGGCCAAGGAAAGGUGAGAAAACCCCGGGAGCCUUCAGAACGUCACACUGUGGUUUGCAGCAGUUCCUGCAAGAGUGAUGUGAGCCACCUCUGCCAGCCCUCUGUACCAGGCUCAGCACCUCAAUUCCCUGUGAAAAGCCUGAAACAAAGCAAAGCAGCUACUCAAACUGAGCACUGCACCAACCUGCUUUGCUGCCUGGAGUCCAAUCUCCGCUCUCGCCGGGCUGCUGGAGAGGUUUCCCCGUUGCUACAGCUCAAUCAAGCCAAAGAAUUUAUACCCGCUGGGUUGUCUCCGUGAUUUAUACCAUGUCUGGAGCUGGCAGCAGUGCUUCAUGGACUUCUCAGGGAAACUCACAUGAUCCAUUUUGGGCAAUUGCUGGUUUUGGGGAAGUACAAAAGAUGAGGAGAUAAGAGUUAUUUACCUGGGGAGGGCAUGAGGUGAGAGCACUGCUGAGUGUGGCACGACCGCUCGGCCGCAGGGUCACAGCUGCCAUAGGCAGAGCGAAGCCACCAAACCAGGCGAAUUUCACUGCAGCAUCUCUCAUCCCUGCAGAGAAGGCGCUUUAGGUGACGAACCUUUUGCUGACGGAGCUGGGCUUGUUCUGGUUAACUAAGCAUGGCAAACACUGUGCCUCACCCUGUGCCAUUCCCCGCGGCGUGCUCCCAGCCUGCCCUGCACAGGAAUGUUUUUAAGGCAAAAAAAGAAAUCUGUGUUUGUAUCGUUUCGUUGCCAAGGGCAGCUCGGUGUCGGCCCACGAGGAGGACGGUUUAGCACGAAAGCGGAGCAGCAUCUGAGGACGGGAAUCUUUGCUCCCUCCGCCGACGCGCUGCCUUUCAGGGUGGGAUCGCCUUUCGCUGCUCGCUGGGCGCUUUUACUCUCCCAUUUCAAGGAGAAACGAGCAGCUGGGAUGGGAGCAGGCUGGGGCGGGCGGGAGCCUGGGGUGGGGCUGUGUGCGACUUCAGUGUCACACUGCAGCGGGGAGACGAGGAGACGCAGCGCAGGGCGAGCGUCGUUCCUCGAGAGGAAAACCUCCCCGGGCCGUUUCCUUUCCUGCCGCGGCGCACGCGGCGCUGCCGCUCCCCUGCUGCCACCCACCGGCUGCCGCCGCACCCCGCGGCUGCGCUGAGCGGGGCCGUUCUCAGCCCGCAGCCCUCCCCGGCGCCGGCCGGGGAGAUUGAAGAGCACGGGGUCUACUGGAAAGCCCAGUAAAACACAGAUGACUUUUCAGCUGCUUUUUAGUGAUGGUGGUUUAGUGAUGCUGGUUUUAUCUGGGGACUCAAUACUGAGCUGCUGCUUAUGAGAUGCACUGCCUCAUGGCAAGAAAACCCCUGGCUGGCAGUCAGCGGUGGGUACUGUUGGAGCAUUUGCAGCUGGGCUGCCCAGAAGAGGGCAGGGAGCAAUAAGGGCUCACACGGCUCUCCGUACACACUGUGCUCACCUUGUCCAGAGCCUCCGCACAGCGUGUGGGCGCUGCAGACUGUGCAUGGAAUCACUGAAUGGCCUGGGUUGAAAAGGACCACAAUGCUCAUCUCGUUCCAACCCCCUGCCAGGGGCAGGGCCACCAACCACCGGACCAGGCUGCCCAGAGCCACGUCCAGCCUGGCCUCGAAUGCCUCCAGGUACAGUGCAGCAUGCAGAGAGCUGCACUGACAGCAGGAGCAGAGGAAGGAGCGUUUCCUGCCUUGGGCAACACUCUCAGUCUCCCGUGGGAGCCACCACAGAGCACGGUAAUAACAAGUGUAGCAAGUAAUAGUGCAGGAAUCAUUAAAUAACCUCAGUAAUGAAUUGCAGGCAUUACUAGGCUGCUUUUCACCUGAAGGAUCCCGGCAGCAAAUACCUCUAUGUGCGGUGCAUCCAUGACGGAUGGUUGUGCAGUAGAGGACCUGUGGGUGGGACUCAGCGCCGUCACCCCGGGCUCAGUCACUGCACCCGGUGCUGCUCUGGGCCACCCUCCCUUUCUCACCCCUCUCCCAGCCCAUCCCGUGCCACCCCUGGAGCCAGGCACAAGGCUGGCAGAGAACUCCACUGCCAUAGGGCACCGCUGGGGCUCAGCACAGAGAGGAGCAGGAAAUUCCUCCUCCCUGAUGGCACGGCCCAGGGGUUGGGGUUCACUGGGUGAUACAAUGCGCUGCCACAGCCACGUGCCGUGGGCGACAUCCGGGCUCAUCUUGGCACCUCCUAACAGCAGAGGGUGCCCCGGGCCUGGGAAUCCUGUCAUCCUGUGAGAGCAGAUUCCCUGGCACUGAGCAGCUCCCCGCAGAAAUUUGGUGUCAGCAUGAAAGGUGUUGGAGGACUCACGUUGCCCCUCCAACACGUCAUGGCAGAGGUACUCAGACACAAGCAGGGAUGGUUUUGGGGUCCCUCCAUGUCCCCGCUGUAAUGAGGCUGAGCCCCCACUGCUGCUUCAUCAGCCCCCCCGACUGUGUUGAGGUCAGGUGCAUAUAGAGCAAGAGGCAGGAUUCAGCCCAUGAUACCUUCUGCCUGCUCUGUUAGGAGACAUUCAGACCUGGCAAGCUGUCUCAGGGUGACCCCACAUCCACAGCACUUGGCUGAGCGUGGUGCAGCAGUGCUGCUUAAUUGAAGCUUCUACUGCGCUGCGGAGGUGCCGGGGGAUGUUUAGGACCCAGGGGAAGCCCUGGAGAGCGUGGCUGGGUUGGAAGGAGUCCCUGCCUCCCUGCCUGCGCUUCUCAGGUGUCCUGCUAAGGGCAGAGCUGCACGAGGUGACGGGGCCCUCCUGGCAGCUCCCCUUCCCCAUGCCCGCUCCCUGAGCCCCCUGUGCACCCAUGUGCUCUCCCGGGGACCGCUGCACACCAUGAAUGAUCAAUACCACCGAGCGGCCCGGGAUGGCUACCUGGACCUGCUGAAGGAAGCCACCAAGAAGGACCUGAACUCUCCGGACGAAGAUGGCAUGACCCCCACCCUAUGGGCCGCCUACCAUGGCAACCUGGACGCCCUGCGCCUCAUCGUCAGCAGAGGGGGGGAUCCGGACAAAUGCGACAUCUGGGGGAACACACCUCUUCACCUGGCGGCAGCCAACGGCCACCUGAACUGCCUUUCCUUCCUCAUCUCUUUUGGGGCCAACAUCUGGUGCCUGGACAACGACUACCACACCCCGCUGGACAUGGCAGCCAUGAAGGGGCACAUGGAGUGCGUGCGCUACCUGGACUCCAUCGCUGCGAAGCAGAGCAGCCUCAACCCCAAGCUGGUGAGCAAGCUGAAGGACAAGGCGUUCCGGGACGCCGAGCGGAGGAUCAAGGACUGCGUGAAGCUGCAGAAGAAGCACCACGAAAGGAUGGAGAAAAGGUACAGGAAGGAAAUGUCGGAUAAUUCGGACACCAUGAGCUUCUCCAGCUAUUCGAGUAGCACCUUAAGCAAGAAGUUCCAGCACAUGUCCAUGGUGACCUCUCUGCCAUACUCACAAGCCACCAUCCACGGCACAGCCAAGGGAAAGACGAAAAUACAGAGGAAGCUGGAGAGGAAGAAGCAGGUGGACGGGACGUUCAAAAUCUAUGAGGACGGGAGGAAAAGCGUGCGGUCUCUGUCCGGCCUGCAGCUGGGGAACGACGUCAUGUUUGUGAAGCAGGGCACCUACGCCAGCCCCAAGGAGUGGACUCGGCGCAAUAUCCGAGACAUGUUCCUCACCGACGAGGACACCGUCUCCCGUGCCAUAAGCGACCCAGGCCUGCACAUGGACUCGGCCCACUCGGAAGUCAGCACCGACUCCGGCCACGAGUCCUUGUUCAACCGCCCCGGGUUGGGCACCAUGGUGUUCCGGCGCAACUACGUCAGCAGCGGGCUCUUCGGGAUCGGCCGCGAGGACGCCGGCGUGUUGGGGGAGGGCAACGCGGACGGGGCAGGGCUCAAACUGCGCGGCCGCCUGCAGCGCUCGCCAAGUCUCAACGACAGCAUUGGCAGUGCCAACAGCCUGCAGGAGAGGAACGCGGAGGAGCUGCCCUGGGACGAGGUGGAGCUGGGCCUCGACGACGACGAUGAACCAGACAGCAGCCCCCUGGAGACCUUCCUGGCUUCCCUGCACAUGUUUGAGUUCAUCUCCAUCCUGAAGAAGGAAAAGAUCGACUUGGAGGCCCUCAUGCUGUGCUCAGACAAUGACCUGAAGAGCAUCAACAUCCCAUUGGGCCCCAGGAAAAAGAUUGUGGAUGCCAUCCAGAGGAGACGGCAGACUCUGGAGAGGCCAGAUGUUAUUGUAGACACUGAACUGUAAGUAGGAGAUGGGGCCACUGAGCGAUUAAACCUUUCAGCGGGUGGAGAUUUGGAUAAUGUAAGGUCUGCUUUCCAACUCACUUGGAAAAGUAGGAGUCCAGGUAACCUCCGUGCUUCUGUGUGUGAGCAAAUUCCUGCUUGUGUGGAAAUGAUGAGAGCUCAGAGAGGUGGCCAUAGCGUUAGUUCAUUGCUCAACAGCCCUUGUGGCUGGGCAGGAUGUGAAGUCCUUGCUUUGUUUCAUAACCUCCAUGAAUGCAGACUGCUCUGUGGUCUGAUUCUUCUGAGUCCCCUAGCGAGGAUUUCCAACCACACUCACGCUUGCUUUGACUCUUCACCUUCUGGAAGAGGUAAUGAUGGUUCCCAGUGGGAGCAGGCUGAGCACGCUGCCCAGUGCCAUUGCCAUCCUUCCCAGGAGCUUCAGAUCUUCAGAGAUCUUUGGAGAUUGCGUUAUCUGGGUUGGAGCUGUUAAUUUACGGCCUUUCCAGGGCUUGUUUGGCUUGGUUUGAAGGCCUGCAUGCUUGCCAUUGAGGUGAACUGAACUUAUUAGCAUGGGUGUCCCCGCUGUCACAUCUGCUGACACCCCAACCACUGAGCUCCUUUAGCUUCCCAUCCUUCACAAACCUGUGUGUUUCUUGCUCGUCUUUCCAGCUUCCAGCACAGCUCAGUCUUGGACCUCCAGGGUGCUGACAGGCUUUUCUCUUUCCUUUUGCAGAUAGCAGCAGCAGCAUUUCACUAUUUUUUUUUUUUUUUUAAUGAAACAAACCCAGUUCUAAGUUGCCAGAAAUCACAAGCCAGAGACUCUCUUCCUGGGGCAGCUGAAAGCUGCAGCCGUCCCCGUCCAUCCCUGAGCCCUGCCCUCCUGUUCCCCGUUCUGCUCCGUCCGUGAGAUGCUCCCAGCGGUACCCGAUGGAGGAUGGCUGCUGGGAUGGGACCGGGCAGCUGCCACCCCCACUCACCAGAGGAAUGCAUGUGGGCCUGAGACCACACGAAGCCAUGAAAGGAAGGAGCAGUAUGAUGGUAUUUUCAAAGGGACCCAAAAUAAACAAUCACAUCUGUUCUUUCUUGAGCAAGUGGUUGAUUUGGGGCACUGGGUAGAGGAGCGGGGAGCUGUGGGACUGUGGGGCUGUGGAGCCGUGGGGCUGUGGAGCUGUGUCUCCUGGUCCUCGGUUGCUUCUGUCCGUUGUUUGAUGCUGUGGUUUGGAAGGGAGUUUUGGUUACCCUGUUUUGGGGCUGUUCAGCUUGAGACUUGCCAGCCCUGCUUUCUGCCAGUGGGGCUCAGCGUGUCCGUGAGACUGACCAGUGCUGUGGGAAUCAUCAUCAUCUGAAACAAAGACGCUGUUCUGUUGGGUUGUUGCCUGUUGCUGACACUGCCUUACAACGCGCUGGUUGGAUGGCUGUCCCACGCGGGCAGUGUGUCUGUCCUGUCCUUGCAGGAGCAGCUGAGCCUGGAAUUUCACCCAGAACUUCCCAGGACUGGAGGCAGCACCGGUGGGCACCACAGCUGGGUGCAGCACGGCCCGGUCCGAGCCCCCCAAUGCAUCGGCGCUCAGCUCCCGGUGUCACAGCUCCCUCUGCUGGGUCCGGCCCGGGAAGCGCGGUGGGCCGCGCCGCGGGGACGCGGAGCGGCUGCUGUUGUGAGGCUGUGGGAACACAGCGAUCCGCUCUCCCGACGUGGCUCUCCUCCGGGGAGCUGCUGCGAAGGCUGAGCUGAAGAGCGAUGUGCCGCCGAGCGCCGCGGGACAGACAGGUGCCGGGAAGCCCCCCGAGACCAACGCGGUCACCUCCACAGCUGCGGGGACGGACCAAAGCCGGGUGGUGACGCGGACGCUCUCUGAGCUCUGCUGUGGUGUUCGGCCGUGGCUCCUCAGUCUCCCACCGUGUCACUUCCCGCAGCACUGCAGGGCAGGAUGCUCCAUGUCCCCAUCCCGGGCGGCAUCGCCCGGUCCCGCGGCAGGCGGCUCACCCUGGGUUGCUGCGUCCCUCAGGGUUGGGGAUGGAGCUGAGCUUUGCUCAUCCCUGGGAUGCGGGGAUGUGGCUGUCCCCCGUCCCCUGGCACAGCCAGGCCCUGGCAGGUAAAUCUCACCGCUACUAAUUGCAUCUCCUCUGCAACCAACAUCAACAAGCUCCUUUUGGAGUGGGUGCUUGUGAAAGCAGGGUGGAGGCCAGGGCUGGCACACCCUGGAGAACACCCUUCCAUACCGUCCCAAACAGAAACCCAGGCAGCAGGCGGGUUGUCCUGGCCCCAUGCUGUCUGCUAGCAAACACCAGCCACCACAUCUGGGGUGACCAGACCCAGCAGGGAACCACAAAUCCACAUCCCUUUAUGCCCUAAGCCCUAAACACCUUCCCUCCUUGUGCUGCUCUCCAUGCUAAAUCAGCAAAAACAAGCUCCUGUGUUUAGGCAUGUGUUUCCCUACUCCAAUGGUGCAGAAGAUGUAGCAUCCCUAACUCCUGGGUACCACAAAGGAAGCCAGGAGUGGCUGGGGGACACCAAGUGGGUCCCACAGCUGGAGGUGACUCCUGGAGGCCAGGCAGCAGCAGCACUCAGUCCCCGGCCCUGUGCUGUGCUCCACGCUGGGAGCUGGCGACUGACGGCAGUGCCAGGCGGAGGGCAGCGCUGGGGUCAGCGACCUGCCAGGACAGCAUGCACCAUUGCACACCAUUUGCUUAGCAAUUUCCUGUCCAUCCUGCUGCGAAUUCACUUCCUGGCCGGACAGCUGAGUAACAUGGUGUGCAGACGGGAGGGGAUGGCCGGGAUGGAGGCAGCACUGUGGGGGGUCAACACAGAGCACCCUCUGCGUGUGGCUUUGUUCCCAUCAGAGCACAGGGCUGUAUGUGGCCCCAAAUGCCACCCCUCUUGCUGGGGCUGGGUUUGGCCCUGCAGGUGCUGGGGUCGCACCUGUGAGCAUGAGCACAGUAAAUUGUUUUCUAGGUCUGCUUCACACAAUUUGUAAAUUUGUAAAACAUGGGUUCUCCCUCUGAGUGAGCUCCCCAGUAGUGCUGUUCCCAGCUUGCUCUGGAGGAGUGCUGGGGAACAUCAUGGAGCAUCCUGGGGAAGUGGGGGUGCAGCAUUGGUGCAGAGCAACGUCUGCAUCCCAGCACCUCUACUCAUGGCCAGGGCAGGGCUGAGAGCACUGGUUGUGUGUGGGUGCAGCUUGAACUUGAUUCCUUGCAGAGGACAGCAUGAGAACCUGGAUGUAAGCAAGUGCCUGAUCUGAGAUUUUCAGCUUUGCUGUGGUUUGCUCUGCAGCUGUGGGGUUGUGGCUGUGAUCUCUUUUCUCAGUCCCCAUGGUGGUGGU